CAGUGAAACUCUUCAUUCCCGUAUUUCAAUAACUUCUUGCUCCCUUUCCUUAAGAUUUAUACAUAAUAUGGAAGUUAAAAACAAGUCGGUUGUUUUGGAUAUUUUCCUUCAUGGACUCACAGAUGACAUAGAGCUGCAGCCCUUCAUCUUUGGCUUCUUUUUAUGCAUGUAUUUGAUCACCAUCUUUGGAAAUCUUCUUAUAAUGUUAGCCAUCAUUUGUGACUCCCACCUCCACAAACCCAUGUACUUCUUUCUCUGCCAUCUGGCUUUUAAUGACAUGUAUUUAAUCAGCAUUACAGUCCCAAAGUUGUUGGUGAAUGUACAAACACAGGAUCAGAGGAUCACUUUAGCUGGCUGUCUGAGCCAGGGAUGCUUUGUGGCUGUAUGUUUCAUCUUUGAAUGUUUUCUCCUUGGAAUAAUGGCCUAUGACCGCUACAUAGCCAUUUGUUUUCCUCUAAGAUACACAGUCCUCAUCAAUCCCUUCUUCUGUGUUAUUGUGGUUCUAAUCUCUCUAUUUAUUAGUAUUGUAAAUGGUCUGCUGCAUAGUCUGAUGGUGCUGCACUUGUCCUUCUGCACAGACCUGGAAAUCCUCCACUUCUUCUGUGAAAUUGCACAAAUCCUCAAGCUUGCCUGUUCUGACAACCUCAUCAACAACAUCCUGAUAUUUGUUACAGCUUCUAGUUUUGCUGGUGUUCCUCUAUGUGGAAUAAUCUUUUCUUAUGUUCACAUUGUUUCUACAGUAUUGAAAAUGCCAUCAUCAGAAGGAAAGUAUAAAGCCUUCUCUACUUGUGGGUCUCAUUUAUCAGUUGUUUCAUUGUUUUAUGGGACAGGUUUUGGUGUAUACAUUACCUCAGUAGUAAUUGAUUCACCGAAGGAAAUUGCUAUUGCUUCAGUGAUGUAUUCCAUAGUUCCUCCAAUGUUGAAUCCCUUUGUUUAUAGUUUGAAGAACAGGGAUAUGAAAGAAGCACUGAAGAAGGUAAUUGGUAGAACAGUUUCUCUUCCAUGAUGUAUGAUUAAUCUGUGGCUUGGGUUUUUGAGUG